AUGUGGAGGUUGGUGCUGGUGGUCAGUCUGCUGUGCUGCAGCUCUGAGGCUUCAGUGUCCUGCAAAGAUGAGAAGAACAAUGAUGUGGACUGGUACAUCUUAUACAAGACUCCCAGAAAUCUAAAGAUGACUGGUUUGGACUAUGUUUACAUUUAUCCAGACAACAACAACAAGGCAAAAUCUCGACGUAGCACAAAGCCCAUCAACGCUGCUGACGGCAUCCUGGCAAACACCCUGCAGCCGCUCUUUAUUAACCCUUCUCCAACGUACUUGGGAGUCAUCAUCUACAGCGAUCAGCCUCCAGAGAAUAUGAAGAUCAGAGUUGUGAUGGUGGAGAAGAACAAGAAAGGAGUCUGGCUCUUACACAGCACACCACAGUUCCCUUAUAGCAGAGAUCCAACGACUUUCUACCCUGAGAGUGGAGCAAGAAACGCUCAGACGUUCAUCUGUGUAACAUUCAACUACGACCAGUUUGAACAUAUCGGUAAACACCUGCAGAAGAUCAGAGCUUUCCCAUUUGAUCAUGAUCAUCUACAAACCUUAAACCUUAAGAAGCUUCACGAGGUCACAACCAAGAACACCAAAGUACACGAUACUCCACAAAAAAUACCCAAGAUCCCUCCUAAGUUCCAACAGCUGACAUCCAGCGAAGGGAAGGAGUUUCACAGCAUUGCUAAACUAGUGUCAGCUCAACCAGAAGUUGGAGAUCUUUACGUCAGCAUUUCAAACGAGGUCCACAGUGGUGUGAAUGUCCAGAGCUGGGGCUGCCAGCCUGAGCGUGAUGGUUCCUUCUGCCCUACAGGUGGAUAUAAUGUGCAAAAUGUUGUAUUAGUAGAUGUUGGUUGGGCUAAAUGGGAUCCUGGCAGUGAUCAUUCAAAGUGGUGUGUAGCUGUGGAUCAAAAUAAACCCUGGACCUGUAUUUCUGAUGUAAACAGAUCAGAGUCACAGUAUGAGAGGCUGGGGGGGGCACUGUGUGUUAAAGAUGAAGACAUAGCAGACAUAUUCAAGAGUUUCGUAGUGUGUAAGGAUGAAUGUUAA